AUGCAUCAACGUUAUAAAUCACGCCACGAAGUCUAUUCAUUCACCACAGCAUUCGAUGUUUACAGGCACACAGCGUCAGAAAAAUCGUUACCAUCAUCACUGGAUAGCAGUAGUAAAAACUCACCUACCGAGCAAACGGAGAAAUCGAAGAAGUCCACGAAACAUCACCCGCUACAAUCUCACUCUCCGACUUCAAUAUUUCGCUUUCCAAAUCUUCUGUCGAGAAGCGAGGACAACGAAUACGAUGAAUUUUUUAGGAAGGACAUCUGCCGGAAGCUUCGAAACUUUGGCAAGUCGGGUGGUGGUGGAGCGGUCCAGAGUGUGGCCUCUGGUUUGGCAAAAGGAAUCAUUGAUUCGAAAAUUACGGAGUGGUGGCCCACCAGCCACGGUCAGGAGGCAGAUGCUUCUAAGGUCGUCGACCACCAAGAAAUACAUAUAUACAUCUAUGCGAAUCGGCACAAGAAUCCGAAUGCUCUCGAUGCUUACUAA